AUGCGAGCACGAUCUAUGGGGAAUUGGGGGGAAACGGGUGCUUGCGCGGGGACGGAAGGGGACGGGCGGACGGCGGUGGUGCUGCUGGGGUGGCUCGGCGCGCAGCAGCGGCACAUACGGCAGUAUGCCACGUGGUACAACGCGAGGGGUAUCGAUGCGAUCGGGUUCGUCAUCCCUUUCACCGACAUAUUCAGCGUCAGGCUCGGCGAAAAGGCGGAGCUGCAUGUCGACGAUCUGGUCACGGAGCUUGAGAGAUGGCUCCUCGAGGGCGCGAAUCGCGGCGCGACGCACGGCGCGAUUCACGGCGGGCUGGGCGGCGGCGGGUGUCGCACGCUGCUGUUCCACACGUUCAGCAACACGGGAUGGAUCGCGUACGGCGCCGCGCUGCUGCGACUGCAGCGCAAGUACGGGAAAGCGGCGGUGGAUGGGAUUAUAAAGGGGUGCGUUGUCGACUCCGCGCCUACACUGGAAGAAGAUCCCAAGGUGUGUGCGAGUGGUUUCUCAGCAGCCAUUCUGCAGAAGCGCAUGUUCACCAGUGUGACUGUAUCCCGGAGUGACUGCAGCAGCAGCUGUGAGAGCCUGUACCCGGAUCAGGGGCGGGAGCAGGGAGGAACGGAGGCGUUGGGGUCAUGGCAAGGGGAAGGGGAAGGGCAAGGGCAAGGGGGCUUGGGUGGUGAGGAGGGGGCGUUUUCCUCACCUGCUCCCUGUGGGUGUAAGCUGGUGUUGUGGCGGGCUGAUGAGGCUGAGAGAUUGAAGGCAUGUGGGAGUAAGGCAAGGGGGGGUGCUGCUGCUGCUGUGGUGGCAGCGGCAGGUGGUGGGGGGGAUAGAGGCAUGCGAGAAGGGAGUGGUUCUGGCGCUGGUACUGGUAAUGGUUGUAGUAACGGGUGUGCUUUAAGAGGGGUGUCUCAGCAGGACCACCAGCAGUGGCUGCUGCAGCAGCAGCUGAUAGCUGUGUACAGGAUGCAGGCAGAGAAGCAGGAGAAUAAGCUAGUGCUGGGAAAAGAACUGAGGAGAGAGCAGGAGCAAGGGAGUGGCCUUCACUUGCAACAGCAGCAGCCACGGCAGCAGCGGUGGUGGCAGCGAGGGGGGAGAGGCAGGGCGAGCGGGGCAGCGAGCAGCAUAGUGCAGGCGUGUGGGCGGAUGGUGGGGGCGUGUGGGCGGGUGGCAGUGGCGGUGGUGAGGGUGGUGAAGGUGCGCCUGGAUGCGCUAGAGAGCAUGCUGGUGACGGUGCUCUGGCUCAUCUUCCAAGUGGCUCUGCGCAUCCCCUACGUCAAAGGGAAGCUUGGUGAGGUGACUAAUACUCUGCAUCACCACCAGCCCAACUGCCCGCAGCUGUACUUAUACAGUGAAGCAGACAUAGUCAUUCCGCUGCCUGCUGUUGAAAAAAUCAUCCUCGGGCAGCGGGCCCAGGGCCACCGGCCUGAGCCUUUCACAGUGUCGGCAUCCCUACCAGAAGCCGAGAUAGUCAAUGGACCUCCUAUAGUGCACAUGCCUGUGCGGAAACCAGAGAGCUUGUCGGUUGGGUUUGCAGUUCCAGAGGAGGAGAAGCAGGGUGCUGCAAUGUGGCAGGUAAGAUGGCAAGUGGCAGGUAAGGUGGCAAGUGGCAGGUAA